GGGCGAUCAGGAGCAGGUCACACAGCCUGUUUCCUGUUUUCAAACGGGGAACUUAGAAAGUGUCAGUCCCUCGGCUGGUCGCGGGAGCUGAGAACCAAGAGCUCGAAGGGGCCAUGUGAUACUCCUCCUGGACCCCUGGACACGCACAGCCCCAGAGACUGGAGGCUUGGAGCAUGGCAAGUCCAGAGCACCCUGGGAGCCCUGGCUGGAAGGGACCCAUAACACAGUGCACAGCAAGGACCCAGCAGGAAGCACCAGCCGCUGGCCCUGACCUCCCGCACCCAGGACCUGACAGGCAUUUAGACAUGCAUAGUGGCCUGAGCUCCAACUCCAGCAUGACCACGCGGGAGCUCCAGCAGUACUGGCAGAACGAGAAAUGCCGCUGGAAGCACGUCAAACUGCUCUUUGAGAUCGCCUCAGCUCGCAUCGAGGAGAGAAAAGUCUCUAAGUUUGUGGUGUACCAAAUCAUCGUCAUCCAGACUGGGAGCUUUGACAACAACAAGGCCGUCCUGGAACGGCGCUAUUCCGACUUCGCAAAGCUCCAGAAAGCGCUGCUGAAGACGUUCAGGGAGGAGAUCGAAGACGUGGAGUUCCCCAGGAAGCACCUGACGGGGAACUUCGCGGAGGAGAUGAUCUGCGAGCGUCGGCGCGCCCUGCAGGAGUACCUGGGCCUGCUCUACGCCAUCCGCUGCGUGCGCCGCUCCCGGGAGUUCCUGGACUUCCUCACGAGGCAGGAGCUGCGCGAGGCGUUCGGCUGCCUGCGGGCCGGCCAGUACCCGCGCGCCCUGGAGCUGCUGCUGCGCGUGCUGCCGCUGCAGGAGAAGCUCACCGCCCACUGCCCCGCGGCCGCCGUCCCGGCCCUGUGCGCCGUGCUGCUGUGCCACCGCGACCUCGACCGCCCGGCCGAGGCCUUCGCGGCAGGAGAGAGAGCCCUGCAGCGCCUGCAGGCCAGGGAGGGCCAUCGCUACUACGCGCCUCUGCUGGACGCCAUGGUCCGCCUGGCCUACACGCUGGGCAAGGACUUCGUGUCUCUGCAGGAGAGGCUGGAGGAGAGCCAGCUCCGGAGGCCCACGCCUCGCGGCAUCACCCUGAAGGAGCUCACCGUGCGAGAAUACCUGCACUGAGCCGGCCUAAGACCCUACAGGGACGCUGGAGAUUUGGGGUCAUCAUGGCUCAUGGUGGGCUGUUUGGGGUUCUUCUUCUUCUUUUUUCCUUUUUCCUUUUCUUUUUUGUUAUUUGAGACAGUCUUGCUCUGUCACCCAGGCUGAAGUACAGUGGCUCAAUUAUGUCUCACUGCAGCCUCAAACUCCUGGGCACAAGCAAUCCUCCCACCUCAGCCUCCCAAGUAGCUGGGAAACAGGUGCACGCCACCACACCAGGCUAAUUUUUAAUAAUUUUUUUUUUUUUUUUUUUGUAGAGACAGGGUCUCUCUGUUGCCCAGGCUGCUCUCAAACUUCUGACCUUAAAUGAUCUUCCUGCCUCAGCUUCCCAAAACACUGGGGUUACAAGUGUGAGCCACCACCCCUGGCCUGGGGUUCAUUGUUAAUGGGAAAAGCCAUUGGGGGCUCUAACUCGCUGGGUGACUUUGAACAAGCCUGUCCUCUGGUCCUCAAUUUCCCCAUCUGUAUCAGACAGAGAUGCUCCUGGGACCCCUUGGAAGCCUCCGCUUGUGUGCCACGUCCCCUUGAUGCCAGGGCCAUUUCAUCUCCAAAACACAAACCCAACUGCCAAAAACAUCCAGACCAGUGUCCACCCCACCAGUGUCUUUGUGGGAAGCUGGAGGAGAAGUUUACCUCGCACAUUCUAGACAAAGCUUAGUCCAUUUCCUUGAAGACAGUUCUCUCCAGCUGCUCCAAGGCUUUUCUCUCUGUUCCUUCCACCUCAGAAUUGCUUUAAAAUAUUCCCAUCCAUUAUCCUAAUACUAUCCUAGUAUUCUAGCCCUUCCCCCUUACCAUGUAGACCUGAUGAAGCAAAACAAAUCUCACCUACUGCCCUCAAGAACAGCCUCUACACACACACACACACACACACACACACACACACACGGUGGGAGUUGUAUGCCAUCCUUUUGAAGGGUGGGAGGACCCUGGGCCAGAAAGCAAUAAUGGCAUAAGAUUCUGUGAUACAAGGCAUUUUUGGCAAGGGAAGUUGCCAACAAUUUUUCUGGCUGGGAUGGCAUAGCACAUUGUCUAGGGGUGGAUCUUCAUUCAUAAGGCAGCUGUUCCCUGAAUGGCUUCCCUGGGUUAUGUAGAAACAGCCCUGGGAGGAGUUGAUACAACAUACUUAAUGGGGCUUCUGUGUAGAAGAGACUGAAUCCUCAACACUGCCCCUUUUGAGGAUCUGUG